AGGGACACAACGGAGGGCGUUUAUGGCGUGUUUAUAAACCUCGUUGUAUUCAGAAUGCUUCCUGUCCAUCUAACAUAAUGGUGGAUUUAAAAUCUGUGUGUCUUUCUAUUGAAAAUUCUGUGCCAAAUGAAGCAGGAAGCAUCCAGACGCCUGUAGAUGGCAAUGAUUUGAAUGAGACUGGAGAUAAUCCCCCGGGAGUUCUCUUCUCGUACCUUCCCAGACGACCAGCAGUUAAUAUUGAGUUUAAGGACCUCUUGUAUUCUGUCCCAGUGGGGCCAUGGUGGAGGAAGAAAGAUCACAAAACAUUAUUACACAAGAUAUCUGGGAACUUUAACAGUGAAGAACUUAUAGCAAUCAUGGGUCCUUCAGGUGCUGGAAAAUCAACUCUUAUGAAUAUUCUGGCUGGUUACAGAGAAACAGGUAUGAGAGGUGAGAUUUUAAUCAAUAGACGGCAACGAAAUCUACGUUCGUUUAGAAAAUUGUCACGUUACAUCAUGCAGCAUGACAUGCUUCUACCUCACCUGACUGUCCAGGAGACCAUGAUGAUGUCAGCUAAUUUGAAACUUAAAGACAGGCAGAAAAAACGCAAAGAAAUGGUAUCAGAAAUACUCCGUGCUUUGGGACUUCUUGAGUGUUCUAAGACCCGCUCUGGCAACCUCUCAGGAGGAGAAAGGAAACGCUUAUCAAUUGCACUUGAACUUGUCAGCAAUCCAACUGUGAUUUUUUUUGAUGAACCGACUAGUGGUCUGGACAGCUCUUCCAGUUUGCAGCUUGUUUCCCUAAUGAAGGCUUUAGCUCAAGGCGGAAGAACUGUCAUCUGCACUAUUCAUCAGCCUAGUGCCAAAUUGUUUGAGCUAUUUGACAAGCUUUACGUUCUGAGUCAAGGUCAAUGUAUUUACAAUGGCAAAGUUUCAAAUCUAGUUUCUUACCUUGGGAACCUUGGUCUCCACUGCCCCACAUAUCACAAUCCAGCUGACUUUAUAAUGGAGAUUGCAUCAGGAGAAUACAAAGACCAGACUUCUCUACUGGUGAAUGCUGUAAAUGAAGCGAAUGAAAAGGAGCAAAAAAAUGAGACUAGGCACAAUUUUCCCCAAGAUGAGCCUGCAUACCAGUGCUGCCAGGUUUUCUAUGAAGAUGCACCGAUGGAAGAAACCCGUCACACCUUCUCUGCCAGCUUCUUCACUCAAUUUAGUAUCUUGUUCAGAAGGACACUUCUUGUAACAUUAAGAGAUUCUGUCCUGACUCACUUGCGCUUAAUAUCUCACAUUGGUAUUGGGAUCUUGAUAGGUUUACUUUAUCAGGGAAUUGGAAAUGAUGCAACUAUGGUGCUCAACAACAAUGGCUUUCUAUUUCUCUCUCUACUGUUUCUCAUGUUCGCAGCUUUAAUGCCCACUGUUCUAACAUUUCCUUUGGAAAUUGGAGUUUUUCUCAGAGAACAUCUUAAUUAUUGGUAUAGUCUGAAAUCAUAUUAUCUAUCAAAAACAAUGGCCGAUUUACCCUUUCAGGCAAUAUUUCCAGGAAUAUACUGCUCCAUAGUAUAUUGGAUGACUUCCCAACCAUCAGAUCCAAAACGCUUUGUGGUUUUUUGUGCAAUUGGAUCAAUGGUUUCACUAGUCGCACAGUCUAUGGGUCUGUUAAUUGGGACUGCUACCAAUUCAGUACAGGUAUCCACAUAUGCUGGUCCAGUAAGUGCAGUUCCUGUUCUUCUGUUUUCUGGAUACUUUGUGAAAUUCAGUACUAUUCCCAAGUACCUUCAGUGGCUCUGUUACACUUCAUAUGUCAAGUUCGGGUUUGAAGGAAUACUACUGAGCAUAUAUGGAUUUGAUCGAGAAGAUCUACACUGUCCAGAAGGUCAAACUUGUUUUUUUCAGAAACCAGAAACAAUUUUGAAAGAACUUGAUGUGGAAAUUACUGAUGUGUAUAUAGAUUUUAUUAUCUUGGCGGUAUUUUUUAUUAUUUUCCGCCUUGUGGCUUUUAUCAUACUUAAACUCAGAAUCAAAAUUGAGCGCUAAAGUGUUAGAAAUGUAAAAAGAUGUUGUGCCCUGUCCUCAAGAAAGUAAGUGAACACCUCUAAACAUGAACAUGUAUACAUGGACUUACUGUCUAUAAAGUAUGUU